AUGUCUGCCGCUUCGUCUCCCACUCGAUCGACGAAAAGUCCUUCGCCGGAGACCACCCGCGUCCCUUCUGUAGCCAAAUGGGGCGCCGCCUGCGCGCCGUGUGCGACAGCAAAAGCAAAGUGUCUUCGAUCAAAUACGACGCCCGGGUCAAAGUGUGAUAGGAAAACAACCCAGCUUGAAGAACGUCUCAACCGCUUGGUAAACACCCUACGGGUAUCAGGAAAUGUGUCCACCCUCCCGAGUGGCCCAUCUACCGGCCAGCCAGUGCUGCCAGGCCCAUCAAGACACUCAUACCCAAUCUCCAACCCGUCAGUCUCCCUACUCUCAGGACAACCAAUACCAGCGGACUUCUACUCCCAAAGCCGCGUCUCCCCUUGGGACGUCGAAGACCUCGCCGACAUCAGACCCAUCAACAUCCCCGAGACCUACAACUCCUUCGUGCCCCCGACAUGCAUAUGCAAGCCCGAGCCGGGGGAAGCCCCGCCCCCUCCCGACACGGACGAGAACCUCCUCAAGAUCUACCGCGCCAAGCUGGCGCCGUGCUUCCCGUUCGUUCUGGUGCCGGAUGACGUCUCCGCCACCACGCUCGGCGCGACGAGGCCGUUUCUGAUGGCUGCUAUUCGCAUGGUCUCGUCAUACCGGAGCAUGAAGUCGAUGCGGGGGCAAAUGUAUCGUCUUCUGAACCACGUUGCUGACCACAUGCUCCUGAGAUCGGAGAGGUCGUUUGAUCUGCUGCUUGGCAUCUCAAUGGACAUUCACCAGAUUGAUUCUAUGAGAUAUUCGGGGUACAUGCAACAAUGUUUACGAGAAUUAGAAGAUGACGUGGAGUAUGAGUCGGAUAUUCACCUCGGCUACAUUGUCCGGAUACAAAGGCUCUGCGAAAGGAUCUCAGACCUAAGGUCGAAAGACUAUCUAGACGAGGAAGGGGACGAGAGUACUCGAGCACCUCUCUCAGCCUACGUCUCUGGAUUCAGAGCGGAAUGGAACAAACUCCAAACCAGCAUGCCCCCUACCUUGAAAAACAACGCCUACCUCCAAGUAAGAAUGGCCACCCUCCGCCUCCGCAUCCACGAACCCCCCAGAAUCGACGCCGAGCUCCUCGCCUCCCUCUCCAAAUCCCUCGACUCCAUCAGCGCAGGCUCGACAUCCGCCCUCGACGCCUUCUACCAAUCUAACGCAGCACUCAAAGGCUGGUUCGAAACAUGGUUGUCGGUGCCCCAAGAAUUCUUCUAUUGCAUACCAAUCUCGAUAGCCUCGCAUAUGGUCUACGCCGUCAUGAUGAUGAGCCGCUGGUCCUGGCUUACCACAAGAGGUAAGACACCGCCCGAGCCGCAGACGGAUCCGACAGACCCGUCACAGGAUAACCCCAAUGUUGCGCUCGCGGCCAUGGAAGCCGCCAUCAGCCCCAACACACCUGCAUCGACGUCGACCCCGUCGGCUGAGACGAAGGGGUCUUCGCCAUGGCAGACGACGUUGCCUGAUAAGGAUCUGCCUCAGGUGCUGGCUGCGCUCAAGGCACGGCUCUCUACGCAGCCUGAUCUGAUGCUUGAUGUGGAGGGGUACCUCAACCGGAUCAUCGCCCAGCUGCAGACCAUUGACGCGCUGUACUCUGAAAUGUCCGUUGACGAGGGCGAGUGGCGCGGCAACAUCUGGAGCCUGGGCGCGACAAAGGUCAAGAUUGCGAUGCUGAGACAGCAGAGGUGGUCCAAGAUUAUUGCCUCACAGGCGGAGGAGCGGGAACUGGAGAUCCAGGGCGCGGGAGGGGAGCAACUUGGGCUGGGGGAGAUUGAGAUGCAGGAGAAUUUUCUUGCGUCGUUGCAGAUGCCCGAGUGGGAUGCGAGUAUGGUCUGGGAUCCGCACACGUAUUAUGAUCCCAUGCCUCAGGACCCGGCGCUCUGGAGUGAUGUUGUUCCUGGGGAUCAGGAUUGGGGGACGGGUGUGAAUGGGAUAGGAGGGAUGGGUUCACUUGGCCACAUGCCGGUGGGGAGGUAUAUGUAA